GGAUCUAGUUCCGGUUCCAAAAUAACCAGUAUAGUAUCUGACGAUUAACAACACUUAAAAGAUUACAAGGCAUUUUCGGUCCUUUACAACACGCGCGGACAAUAUUUAAUGUCGAGGUGUAAACGAGCUGGCCCAUUCAUUUUUUAAUUUUAUAUAGAAAGCGUUUUUAAAAAUAUUAAAAACAUGGCCACGGCUGAAGCUCAAGUCAACGUGAACACAAAUUUGCAAAAGCAGGACCUUAGCAAUUUGGAAAUAAGCAAUUUAACACCACUGUCGCCGGAGGUGAUCUCUCGCCAGGCUACCAUCAACAUUGGCACAAUCGGCCAUGUAGCGCACGGAAAAUCCACGGUUGUCAAAGCCAUCUCUGGUGUGCAGACGGUGCGCUUUAAAAAUGAAUUGGAACGAAAUAUUACAAUAAAGCUCGAACGCUUAAGCGAAAUGAAAAUCCAAAAACUUUUGAAAUCCAAACAGCAGCGCGAUGCAUACGAUCUAAAAAGCCGCAAAUUGCUAAAGCUUCUUGCCAAGCGACGCCGACAACAUUCCAAAAGCAAUCAGCCAGAACAUUUAUUUGCUCAUUGCACUAUAACCAGACGAAGCACCAGCCAAAGCUCAAUCAGUCACAGUAGCGGGUAUGGCAGCGUACUGGGCUUUGACGAACACGAUGCGUUGCCCGUGGCCAUAAAUCAGACCAAGAAUUCAGCAGUAAAUAUACUAAAGCGAUGCCGUAGUUCUGAGGAGCACUCAUCCACGCCGGCAUUGAAGCGAGCCAAGGCUAAUGAAAGAUUGUCCAUAAGGAAACCAAAGGGCGAGUACAUGGUGGAGUCCAUUGAAAAUGUUGAGGUGCUGCGCUUCGAGCCCAUUUUCUAUGUGAAAUGGCUGGGCUACGAUAGCAGCGAAAAUACUUGGGAGACUUUUAAGAAUUUAGCCGAAUGCGUACAGCUGGAGUGUUUCGUGGAUCGUCAAAUACAACUUUAUGAACCCUUCAUAACACAAAUCAUAAGCGAACUGGAGGCCGAAAUGCUAACGGCAUCACCAUUCGAUUUGAGCAGUAUUAACAUAAAAAACGACUUGGAUAAUUACGAGUCGUUGCCUUUGAAUUUGGAUUUGAUAUUGCUGGCACAGUAUCGUGCAGCGGGCAGUCGAAGCCAGCGUGAUCGGGAGCGCAUUAAAGCUCGUGCUUUGCGACGUUUACAGCUGCAACGAUGUCAUUAUGAGCGCCGUAAGCAGCUUCAAGAGUUGGCACAGUUUGAGAAACGGAUGAACAGUGUCGAGCAGCCAGCACCGCCCAUUAGGGUACAGAACGAUGUCGACUUGGAUAGUAUUGAUGCUAAUUUCGUAUAUAUACAGAAGAACAUAUUAAGUGAUGCAGUGCCACGCCCCGAAGAGGCAGUCCUUGGCUGUAAUUGCAACGAAGACGCGGGGGAUGGCAAGGGCGAAUGUUGCGCCUCUAGCCGCUGUUGUGCCCGCCUCGCCGGCGAGCUGUAUGCCUAUGAUCGUACGACACGGCGUUUGCGCCUACAACAGGGCAGCGCCAUAUUUGAAUGCAAUAGUCGCUGUAGCUGCGAAGCAAGUUGCACGAAUCGGCUUGUUCAAUUUGGACGUAAGCAUCCGCUGGAGCUCUUUAAGACCAGUAAUGGACGCGGCUGGGGCGUUCGCACACCGAACUCGCUGCGCAAAGGCGAAUUUGUUUGCGAAUAUGUGGGUGAGAUUAUUUCCAGCGAUGAAGCCAAUGAGCGUGGCAAAAUCUAUGACGAUAAGGGACGAACAUAUCUGUUUGAUUUGGAUUACAAUACUGCCGCAGAGAGCGAGUUUACCAUCGACGCGGCCAACUAUGGCAACGUCUCGCACUUCAUUAAUCACUCGUGCGAUCCCAAUUUAGCCGUAUUCCCCUGCUGGAUUGAGCACCUGAACAUGGCGUUGCCCCAUUUAGUAUUCUUCACGCUGCGCCAUAUCAAGGCCGGCGAAGAGCUGAGCUUCGAUUAUAUACGCGCCGACAAUGAGGAUGUGCCCUAUGAGAAUCUGUCGACGGCUGCGCGGGUCGAAUGUCGCUGUGGGGCUCCGAACUGCCGCAAAGUACUCUUCUAGAUGCCACACUCUCAAAUUUUAAACAAUUUGCUGUUAAGCCUUAAUUACAAAACAUAUACAUUACUAUUUACAUAUAAAAAAUAUAUGCAUACAAAGUUAUUCCAAUGCUUGUGGCCGUCACCAUUUGACAAAAUACUAGAAU